CUCCCCAAGCUCCCUUAAUUCUGAAUUUGGAUGGGUAUUUAUAGGAUUUUAGAAACCCUAAUUGAAAUAGAAGUAGGACUUAGAACAGAAAUAGGAAACUGAAUUUUGGAUGCUGAUCGCGUGGUGCUGACACUUCGGAUUACGUGUUGACACAAAUUAGGAAACAGAAUCUGUUUCUGGACGUUUAACGCAUGGUGUCGACACCCCGAUCAUGUGUCGACACUACACCCGUGUCGGGUUUCUGGUCUUCUUUUGCAAUUUCUUCAAUGGUAAAAUAGCAGAUUUGGUUCCUGACUUCUGGAUUCUGCACAAGUUGAUCCUCAAGUCUCUGAUCUCUUCAAUUUACUUCUAAAAAGUAAGAUUUCUUCCAAUUAAAUCCUUUCCUACAAA